AUGAGCUCCGACUUGGAGCAAGUUCUAGAGACAUCUUCUCCGGGGUACCCAAGACGUCUGCUAGAAAACAUGACUCGUCUCUGGAAGGAGAAUGCUUUUUGUGACGUUACCUUGCUGAUUGGAAGGAGGCGGUUCCAAGCGCACAAGAAUGUACUAGCGGCAUGUAGCCCAUUUUUUAAAGCUAUGUUUUUCUCUGGGAUGGAAGAGCAAAGCAGAAGUGAAAUUGAACUUCAUGAUAUAUCAUCGGACGUUUUCAACAUUAUCAUUUCCUUUAUGUAUACAGGGCUUGUCAGAGUGGACAUUAACACAUGUCAAGAUCUUCUCUCAGUGGCCGACAUGCUUGGUGUGGAUGACAUUGUAGAGAUCUGCAGCGAGUUCCUCUUAGAACACAUGUCACCCCAGAACUGUGUAGGUAUUUACGUCUUUGCUGAUGCCCAUAAUCUGGUCAGUGUAAAACAGCAGGCAGAACUCUACCUCGAGAAGAAUUUCUUGCAGGCAUGUAAAGAGGAGGAAUUCCUGCAGCUGGAUAUAGAUACCCUACUUCCCAUCCUUGCUAGCGAGCGUCUUCACAUUGAACGAGAAAGUCAGGUACUGGAGGCUGGUAUAGAGUGGAUAACAGCCGAUCUCCCACUGCGGCGAAAAUAUCUGCUGCAGAUAUUAAGUCAUAUUAGAAUGAAUUUGAUCUCUCAAAGACACCUCUUCCAGGUUAUUGAUUCAUGUGCAGACCACGGCAUUAAAAUGACGCUGACAAAGUAUGCUUCACCGACUGCAACUUCAAAAACUCUCAAUCCACAUGGCAUGUAUCUUCCAGCUUCGAAUAUCAACACGCCAAUUUGGCCAAGACAGAAUGCCAAGAAGUACAUUUAUGUUAUUGGAGGUUACACCAGAAACAGGCACACAUUUAUGAGCAAUAUCAGCACUUUGGACAGUGUCGAAAGAUUUGACAUCUACACAAAAAAAUGGCAGAGCUUCGCUGGCAUGUAUAACGCCCGUUUAAUUUAUGUGGUAGGAGGGCUCACAGAACUGUUCACAGAGUCGGACUGCGUGGAGAGUUACAAUCCCGUGACGAAGGAAUGGUGUCCCCUUGCAAAACUAAAGUACCCACGGGCUUAUCAUGGUCUGGCAGCUCAUGAUGGUUACUUAUAUGCUGUCGGGGGUUUCAAUGAAUUUAAAGGUUCCUUAAAUUCUGUGGAAAAAUAUUCAAUCAAGGAUAACACGUGGACAAAUGUUUCGCCAAUGCAGAUAAGUAGAGCCGGAGCUGGAGUCGCCUUGGCAGACAGCAAAAUCUACGUCUUCGGUGGCAGAUCGCAGGAUGUGGAGCUGGCAGGGAGUAGCCGGUUCAAUGCCUCGAUUACCUUGGACAGUGUUGAAUGUUAUGACCCUGAUAAAGAUGUUUGGUGUAACCUGCCAAGCAUGGCCUAUGAGCGAUGUGAGACAGUUGCGGUGGUGUUAUGA